AUGCCUUGUGAAAGUUGCGCUGUACAAUUCAGUGUAUUUAAGAGGAAAAGGCUAUGCUCAGAAUGCGAGCGAUAUUACUGCAGUGGAUGUUUACGACGCGGAGGAGGAACUAUGUGUGCUCCAUGCCGAGUGCUAUCCACCAGACCCUUGUUCCGACAGACCAUAGCUCACCUGAAGGUGCGCGAUCUGCAGUGCUUCCUUAAACAUCAAAACAUCUCGACCCGAGGCUGUGUUGAAAAAGAAGAGCUAUUGAGCUUGUGCAUCUCUCAUGUGAACAGCUCAGCAUACCGGCGACGAGGCUCUCGGACUGGGGCUAGUCCAUUUAGCAACACACUGAAGGGCAUCACUAAUAACAUAAACGAAUUUAUCACUUCUACAUUUGAUUUGCGUAAUACAGGGCAUCAACCACCACAUCCUGAUAGAAGUAACUGUUACAAUUCAGCUCACUCUCACUCUCCAACUGGAAACAGUGAGAUGAAUGAAAACAUACCUGAUCAACGAUUUACACCUACUCCAGGUGGGGAACGCGACGUACGGGUACCACUCGUGACACCGGCCCCCGUCUCGCGCAGUGCUUCAGUUGAGACUGCUAGAGUGGACACCACCGAUUGCUUUGAAAUAGAGGACCUCGAAGACUUUGGCUGGGAAUUUGUUACUCCUCCGGCUGAUCCUUUGCCUACAGAUUCAGCCGUUCUAAUAACGGACGAAGAGGUGACGGAGCUGCGGUCGGCCGGAGGGCGCUCGACCUCCGACCUGGACCUCUCCCGCGGCGAGCCCCACUCCCGGCCCGACACGGCCAGUCUGCGCGACGAACCGCUGCACGUCACCGGUGAGACCCCACUCUUAGCGCCCGACCGAUCUCUUCUCCUCUCUUUGUUUGAGAGGGCGGAGAAAGAGCCGGAGACCGUUCCGCCGGUGAGCUUGGAACAGAUCAGACGGGCGUCGGAGCUGGAAGGGCUGACGGUGCGCCAGCUGAAGGAGCUGCUGGCCAGGAACCGCGUCGAGUACCGGGGCUGCCUAGAGCGGGCCGAUCUGCUGCAGCGCGCGAGGCUGCUGCUCGCCGACCACGCCCGGUGCCGCGCGGAGGUGGAGCGGCUGCCCCUGGAGGAGUGCUGCAAGAUCUGCUGGGCGGCGCCGCUGGAGUGCGUGCUGCUGGAGUGCGGCCACAUCGCCGCCUGCACGGCCUGCGCCAAGCGCCUGCCCGAGUGCCCCAUCUGCCGCCAGUACGUGGUGCGCGCCGUGCGCUUCUUCCGCUCCUGA